GAGAUGGUUGAAGUUGAUGCAGCAACAGCAGCAGCAGCAGCGCCAAUUCGCAACGAUGAACAACAACAGAUCAAUGGUUACACACAAAGCAAGAAAGAGAACGAAUCCGCCAAUGAGAAGUAUGCCGUACAGGUAAUUUUACCAUCCUAUUAG